UACAAUGGCUUCGGGGAUGGACAACCCCACAGAGAGUGGAUGCUGAAUUGCGUGAUAUAGAAGCACUUUAUAAUAAAAAACAAGAAGCAGAAGGUGAAGUUAUGCCUUUUUCGUUGGACACUUCAGUGGAAUGACGACUUUACAGACAUAUGCAGUAUCAAUUUUCCAAAUGCUGGAGGCUCCGAUAGACAAGUACUAUGCCACUUUAAUUCUUGGAGUGCUGCAAAUUGUUGGAUCUGGAGGUUGUGUUCUGAUGGUCCACUAUACAGGGAAAAGACCACUCACAUUCUUCUCGACAGCUGGAGCCGCAGUCUGCUGUCUGCUGGUUGCUGGAUAUGAUGUCUAUAUACAAAAGAAUAUAUUACCGCGCGCGGACAAUUCUACACUGGGAACCGAAGUAACCAUGAAUAACCCAAAUUCGUGGAUUCCAACAACACUUUUAAUGUUAUUGGCUUUGAUUACCCAUACGGGAAUUCGGCUGUUACCCUGGUUACUUAUUGGAGAGGUUUUCGGUGCCCAAACUCGAUCCGGAGGCGCUGGGUUGACGAGUGCCGUCGGUUACAUCUUCGGCUUCCUGACAAAUAAACUGUACAUCGGGAUGGUCGAUUCUUUGUCCAUUUGGGGCACAUAUGGAUUCUAUGGAAUUAUCAGCCUAACGGGAUGUUUCGUAUUUUAUUUCAUUUUACCGGAGACCGAGGGGAAAAAAUUGAAUGAUAUAGAAAAACACUUUGCAGGUGUCAAAAGGCUUACAAAUACAGUGUACCGUUCGUUGAAAAGAAAUGAUAUAUCGAAGCUUCAAGAUCUAAAAGGUGCAACGAAUCCAUCGUUCGAGGCGGACACAACCUAUAUUUAGAUAAACCUGACAUUUCGUGUUUUUGUACAAUUGCCAUAAUUUUAAAUUUAAAAACUUUUCAUGAUUGUAUUUUGAGCUAGUUCUUAGAUUAAAGUCUCACGAUGAGAUCAUGAUCGCAACUAUUUUUGACAUGUCUAUGUAAAAUAUAUAAAAAACAUAUUUCCUAUAAACACACAAAACGAUGCGCAUAUUUGUGCUUUAUUAAAUAAUUGUAAGUCGGUAACGAACAAAAAUAUGUUUAAUAAUAUAAAAAUAAUGGUUAUUAGAAACACAAUUUUUACCUUCUCAAAAAUUAGUUUUUUAUUAGUACAACGGACUCUUUAAAAAAGCGACACGUUAACAAUCUAAACUAUUCAAAGUAAUAAAAAAAAAUAUUUUCUCUUGACAGACAGAGAAUUUUUUCUUCGCACAAUUUGGAUUAUUAAAGUACAAAUGAGUUUGAACAUUAAGGUUAAGGAACGCUUGCCGCGACCGGAAUUUUGAUGGGUAAUUAAAUGUACUGUAAUCAUUUUCACCAAAAGAUGAAAAUGCUCUUAUUUGUCUAAAUAUGCAUUUAUAGUUUGGUGAAAUGUAGUGAACGCAAACUGUGAUAUUUUUGUUAUCGAUAAAAUGAAUUUAUGGAAAAACAUUCGAAGAAAAUCAUUACGACUGGUAGUUUGAAUAUAGAAACCGGGCAUUUAUUUAGAUUACGGUAAAUAUAUUCUUUGUUUAGUUGACCAACCGUUUUCCAUGAGAUACAUUAUAAAAUAUUUGAAAUAAAUUUGAAAGCAAUUAAAAUUAUUUUUAUUUAUGUAACAGAAUAUAAAUAUCUAAUUGAAAAUAUAUAUUUUAGUGCCUGGAAUAGAAUUGUUUUCAAUUUAAAUGACAUAACGAAAAGGCUGGCCAGGCUGAGCUUCUUAUAAAAAUGUUAUUGUGCCAAUGUUAUUAAUAAAAAGAUAUAGUUUGGAUA